UUCAGCUUCUGAUUUUUUCCUUUUAGCCAUGAAACACCAUUGCUUGUCUUUUCUUUUCAUCUUUGUCACGUACUCAACUUAUCUCACUGCAACACAUUCUUUGAAGAUUCCAAGGUUGAGCCCAUUUGCUGAAUGGGAAAUAACCUUAAGGCACCCUAUUGCAAUUCAUGAUACUGUCAAAACAUUCUACUACAAUCAGGUUCUUGAUCACUUCAACUACAGGCCUGAGAGUUACCAAACAUUUCAACAGAGAUAUUUGAUCAAUUUCAAGCACUGGGGUGGCGCAAAUUCUAGUGCCCCAAUACUUGUCUACCUGGGUGCAGAAGAACGAAUAGAUGGUUCCCCUUCAAACAUAGGAUUUCUAUCUGAUAACGCAGCUUCUCUCAAUGCUCUCUUGGUAUACAUAGAGCACCGGUAUUAUGGGGAAUCAAUACCAUUUGGAUCCAGAGAAGAAGCAUUCAAGGAUGCAAACACUCUUGGGUAUUUCAACUCUGCUCAAGCCAUUGCAGAUUAUGCAGCAAUCCUCAUACACAUAAAGAAGACAUUACAUGCCCCAAAUUCACCUGUGAUUGUAGUUGGAGGAUCAUAUGGUGGAGAGCUAGCCACAUGGUUUAGGCUCAAAUAUCCCCACCUUGCCAUUGGUGCAUUGGCCUCAUCAGCUCCAAUACUGUACUUUGAUAGUAUCACACCACAAAAUGGUUACUUCUCUGUUGUCACAAGGGAUUUCAGAGAAGUCAGUGAAACAUGCUAUCAAACAAUACUAAAAUCCUGGUCUGAAAUCGACAGAGUAGCUUCCCAGCCAAAGGGUCUUUCUAUUUUGAGCCAGAGAUUCAACACUUGCUAUCCCUUGAACCAGUCUCUUGAGUUAAAAAGCGACUUACAAUUAUUCUAUGCUACUGUGGCUCAAUACAACAAUCCUCCGAUAUACCCAGUUACUAAGAUCUGUGGUGCCAUUGAUGGAGGAGCUUCUUUUGGAAGUGACAUCCUCAGUAGGAUAUAUGCAGGUGUUGUGGCUUUCAAAGGAAACAGCACUUGCAAAGUUAAUGGCCCUAUCAUUGACUUUGAGUCAGAUCAGGGUUGGAAAUGGCAGACAUGCAGUGAAAUGGUAAUGCCCAUCGGUAUAGAAGGAAACAAUACCAUGUUCCAACCUGACCCUUUCAAUUUUAAAAGAUUUGCCAAGGAAUGCAAGAAAUCUUUUGGUGUCUCACCUCGCCCUCAUUGGGUCACUACUUACUAUGGAGGCCAUAAUAUAAAAUUGGUCCUUCAAAAGUUUGGCAGCAACAUCAUUUUCUCAAAUGGACUUAGAGACCCUUACAGUAGUGGCGGGGUUCUGAGCGACAUAUCAGACAGUCUUGUUGCCAUCUAUACUGUCAAUGGAGCUCAUUGCUUGGAUCUUCAUUCUGCCUAUGAAAGUGACCCAGAUUGGCUAGUCUUACAACGAAAGAAAGAGGUCCAGAUUAUCAAUGAUUGGAUCACACAAUAUUAUGUUGAUCUAAGGACUGGUGAAGCAAAUUGUAGCGUGAUUACCUCUGUUGGGUGCUACUUCCUUUUACUAUUUCUUCUUUCUUUGUAUCUUGGGUACUAGUGUUUUUUACUCUGUUUUGGUUUGCUUGUUUAUCCUAAUUUUAGUUACCUUU